UCACUCCCAGGCACAAACCAUUCUCUUACAUUUUUGUAGUAUUCAGAAAUUUCUCUGUUCAAUUUUCUCUCUCCCCCUAACAAUGGCGGAUUCUACAGUUGCUGAAAUUCCGACGAAGAAAUCAAGAGGAUCCAGAAAGGCUCUCAAGGAGAAAAACCCAUCCGCCAGUGAUGCCAAUAUCAUAGCUGGGGAAUCAAAGGGAAAACCUGCAUCAAAGAAACAACAACAGCCAAAGCAACAAUCGUUCGAGCAAGACUUGCUGGAGAUGCAGGAGAAACUGCAGCAGUUGCGUCUUGAGAAGGAGAAGACGGACGAACUCUUGAAAGCCAAAGACGAGAUCCUGAAGCAAAAGGAUGAAGAACUCGAAAAUCGUGGAAAAGAGCAUGAGAAACUUCAGAUUGAACUUAAGAAAUUGCAGAAGUUGAAGGAAUUCAAACCUACCAUGAGUUUGCCUAUGGUGAAAGAUAAGGAACAAGAAAAGAAGGAUAAGAAGAAGAAGAAGAACGGAUGCUCUGAGACAAAAAGGCCUACUCAUGCUUACACGUUGUGGGUCAAAGACCAAUGGCAUGAGGUAAAGAAGGCUAAUCCCGAGGCCGAGUUUAAGCACAUAUCGAACAUUCUUGGUGCGAAAUGGAAAAAUACAGUUAGUGCAGAAGAGAAGAAGCCUUAUGAGGAAAAAUACCUUGCAGAAAAAGAAGCUUAUUUGCAGGUAAUUACAAAGGAAAAACGUGAGACUGAGGCAAUGAAGCUCUUGGAAGAAGAGCAGAAGCAUAAGACUGCUAUGGAAUUGCUUGAACAGUAUAUGCAAUUCAAACAAGAGACAGAGAAAGAGAACAAGAAGAAGAACAAGAAGAAAGAGAAGGAUUCAUUGAAACCAAAACAUCCCAUGUCAGCUUAUUUCUUGUUUACAAAUGAUAGAAGAGCGGCUAUUCUUGCAGAAAACAAGGGUGUCUUGGAGGUUGCAAAGAUCACAGGUGAGGAAUGGAAAAACAUGACAGAAGAACAAAAGAGGCCUUAUGAAGAGAUUGCAAAGAAGAACAAGGAGAAGUAUGCACAAGAAAUGGAGGCAUACAAACAGAAAAAAGCUGAGGAGGCUGCAAAUAUGAUGAAAGAUGAGGAAGAGCAUAUGAAACUUCAGAAACAUGAAGCCUUGCAAAUGCUGAAGAAGAAGGAGAAAACUAAAAACAUGAUAAAGGAAACAAAAUUGAAUCGUCAGAAGAAGAAGCAAAAUAAGGAGUCUGAUCCAAACAGGCCUAAGAGACCUGCUUCCUCGUAUUUUCUUUUCUGCAAAGAAGCAAGGAAGAGUGUACUGGAGGAACGUCCAGAAGUGGGAGAAGGCAUGCUCAGAGCUCUAGUUUCAUUGAAGUGGAAGGAUAUGAAUGAGGAAGAUAAACAAUUGUGGAGUGGCAAAGCUUCUGAGGCAAUGGAUGCAUACAAGAAGGAAAUGGAGGAGUACAACAAAUCUCUUGUUGCAAAGUUGGUGGAGAAAAACACCGAUGAAUGAUAAUUGACUUUGGCGUGUUCAAAUCUGUGUUGAACAAGAUAUGCUUGUUUUUAGAUUUCUAGCUGCAAUAAUGUUCAAGGAAUUACAAUUGGUUUUCAUUUGCAAAACAACAACAUCUUCAUUUUCUUUGGUAAUGAUUACAAAGCAGAAAAUGGUGACUUAUCAA